UCAAGAGCCCACAAGCAACGACGGCUACACAAAGUGGACAAGGACCACAUCACCCAGCAUGACUUUGUACACCUGCUCACUUAUCCAGUGGUUACUGACUGACUGGCUGACUGACUGACUGAGAUGGUGACCAUUCGGCUUGGUUAUUUAACUCUGGCAAGUUAAAUGCCAUCUUAUGAGCGGUUGUUUAAAGGGAAAAGUUGUUGAUUUGGUCAAUUCCGUCGUCUGGCUUUCAAAUUCAUCAGUACUCAGGUGCGCUUGGACAUGCUGGGCCUGUUCCGCCGAGGCUGCCUCAGCAGGGUGCGGAGCUGGCCCAGCAGCAGCAGCAGCAGCAGCAGCAGCAGCAGUUUCAGGUCUUUUCGCAGGCACAUGAGCAGAUGGAACAGCCAGGACGCUGGCGACCCCUCACCUCAGCAGGAAAACCCACGUGUCCUCAUUACAGGUGGCCUUGGGCAGUUAGGUGUGGGACUUGCAGAGAUGCUGAGAAAGGAGUAUGGGACAGAGAACGUAAUCCUGUCAGACAUCAAGAGGCCUCCACCUCACGUUUUCACCAGUGGUCCAUUUGUAUAUGCUGAUGUGUUGGACUACAAGCUCCUCAGAGAACUGGUUGUAAACAACCGUAUCACUUGGCUGGUGCACUACAGUGCUCUGCUCAGUGCAGUGGGGGAGGCCAAUGUGGCUCUGGCACGGAAAAUCAACAUCACAGGCCUGCAUAAUGUGCUGGACUUGGCACUAGAGAACUGCCUGCGCCUCUUUGUCCCCAGCACCAUUGGAGCGUUCGGCCCCUCUUCUCCACGUGACCCUGCCCCUGACCUCUGUGUCCAAAGACCUCGAACCAUCUAUGGCGUGUCUAAAGUGCACGGUGAAUUGAUGGGAGAGUAUCUCCAUCAUAAAUAUGGCUUGGACUUCCGCUGCCUUCGGUACCCCGGUGUGAUAUCAGUCAACACACCUCCUGGUGGAGGAACUACAGACUACGCAGUUCAAAUCUUCCACGAUGCUCUCAGCACAGGUCAUCACGAGUGCUACCUGCGACCGGACACCCGUCUUCCCAUGAUGCAUAUCUCUGACUGCCACCGUGCCACAGUGGAGUUCAUGCAGACUCCAGAGUGCCAGCUGUCGCUGCGUACCUACAACAUAGCUGCCAUGAGCUUCACUCCGGAAGAGUUGGCCCAAGAGAUCCGCAAGCAUCUUCCUCACUUUAAAGUGACCUACAAACCCGACUCUGUCCGCCAGACUAUUGCAGACAGCUGGCCUGUGAGAUUUGACGACAGUAAUGCCAGGAGAGACUGGGGCUGGGCAUCGUCCUUCGGCUUAGAGGAGCUGGUGUCUGACAUGCUGCACUCCGUUCGAGACAAGAGGACCGACGAGGGUCUACCAGUCAGCUAGCGAAACCUACUCCACAGAGACUGACCCAUGCCCUACCGCUGACUUUUCUUCAGCCUGCAUUUAUUAACGACUUUUCACCUCACUGUGUACACAUUGUCAUCCAGCACGCUCUGUUACGUCUAGACCAUUACGACAAUGUGCCAGGGACUGAUUGUAAAAUAUGAAUCCUCAGUCAGAACCUUUUAACAUACAGUGGAAAGUGAGAUGCUAUGCAUAUGUGCGCCAACAUGCACAUUUGCAGUCUCUUUCAGGAAAACUGUCGAGCCCUCUCUUCACCCUUGUUGUUUUUAAUUGUUAUCAUGGUAUAAGCAUCACUCUACACCUGGGUAUGUCGCAUCGCAUGGAACAUCAAAGCAUUUCUUAAGCUUUAGAGAUUUCCAACUGUCACGUAAACCACUUACAUCAACGGUCUGUUACAAUGUCUACUACAAUGUCUGAAACAAAUGGAUUAGCUGCACAUUUACAGUAAAAUUUGUUCUACUUUGAUUCUCAGGUCACCCGGAAUGGCUGGCUCACUAAGCUCCAAGCUGUAAUGACACAUCAUAUACUCUGGCUGUUUUAUAAAGCAUUCCUUUAUAAUAUAGUCUAUCAAGUGAAAAGCACACACUUUAUACAACACCCUUGAUACCCUUGCUAUUGCAUAUAACAGGAAGCCUUUAUUUUUACCUUAUUUUGCCAGCAGUGUGAUUUUGGUUAUGAAUGAGCAUCAAAUGGAGCCUUACUUUACUUUUGAAAACCGUGCUGUGUACUUUGCAACAGACAUUAAAUAAUAAAGAAGUCAUUUACUCAAACAG